GUCAGCAUACCCAGCUAGCAAAAUUGUCUUGGGCUCAGUUACAUAUAAGAGUGAUAGUAUUAUAAGUAGUUUAUAAGUAUCUUGAUUAAGAACAAACGUCGUAUUAAAGCAUGCAUAGAGACAUUUUGGACUUAUAGAGUAUAAAAGCUUAUUAGAAACUCUUAUAGGCAUAUUUAAGUCAGCCUUAUAAAACAUUUACAAGUAUAUAGGUCAUACAAGAGCACGCUGUAAGUCCAUUUACUCUUUAUUUAUUUUUAUACUUACUAAGGCUCUGACUAAGGUUGUUUCUUCUUUAAAGCGUCUCUGAUAAGUGUUAUAUAAGAGUACUGUUCUUACUAAAGCAUGACAUAGAACUUUUUUAUAACUAAAAUCUUAUAAGCGUGAGUCGUCUUAGCUAAGAUGUUUAUAAGAUUAUUUGAACUUACAAACGUUAUAAGCAUGCUUUACAAAGAAUAUUGUUGAUUGCUGUUUCUUAUUUUGUCUACAACAUUCUCGUUUGUCUUUUGGCUACUGUGGAUACAAUUAUGGAUUUAAGUAAAUGGAAACGUUUCAAAAGAAGUGGAGGAUAUCGCAGAAGAGUAAAUAAACAAUACGUUGAACUAACAAGUGAACCAUCCGUACAAAGAGCUAACCAAGUUGAAGUCAGUCACAUUUGUGAUGGUUCCGUACAAGAAGAUAUAAAUUGUUCUAGUGAUGAUGGUUCCUUGCAGGAAAAAAUGUAUUAUUCUAGUGAUGACAGUGAACAUGAAUCUGACUUUGUAAAUUAUGAAAAUAAUCUACAGUUGCGCGAAGAUAUUAAAAUGUGGGCCAUUAAAUACAAUAUUCCACAUUCAGCUUAUAAUGAGCUUUCUUUAAUUUUAAAUAAAAAUGGAAAUAUAAUUUUGCCUAAAGAUGCUCGAACGCUUUUUCAAACGAGUCAAGAUGUACAGAUUAUUCCCUCGGGGACAGGAAAUUAUUGGUACAAUGGCUUAAUCAAACAAUUAAAAAAAAUUAUAGAAUGUGCUAAUGACUUGCCCGAUAAUAUUUCAUUGAAUUUCAAUAUCGAUGGUUUGCCACUAUACAAGAGUUCUCGACAACAGUUUUGGCCAAUAUUGUGUAAUAUUUCUGAAAUGCCACGCCUACCUCCAUUGAUAAUAAGUAUAUACACGGGUAGCAGCAAGCCAUCAAAUUUGGAAUCUUUCUUCGGUCCUCUUAUAAUGGAGUUAAAUGAACUUACUAGUUCGAAUGGUUUAACGGUAACAGUCAAAUCGACAGGACUUGAAAAAACAAUUCCCGUGAAAGUCAGAGCUUUUAUAUGUGACUCUCCUGCCAGAGCACUGAUUAAAGGCGUUGUCAACUUCAACGGCAAACACGGGUGUUUAAAAUGUACCGUAAUAGGCGAAUAUUCUCAUGUUUCUCGCACUGUUACGUUUCUAAAUCAUGGUUGUCCUAAAAGAAAUGACAAUGAUUUCCGAUCAAAAAACGAUGAGGAACAUCAUAAGCAAGAUUCCCCUCUUCUGAAACUCAAUAUCGAUAUGGUAGAAGAUUUCCCAGUUUGUGACUCGCUUCACUUGAUUGAUCUUGGCGUUAUGAAACGAUUGCUAACUGGAUGGAGAGAUGGCAAUUUCGGUAAAUACCUCACUAAAUGGUGCAGCCAAGAUAUAGAAAAGGUUAACGAUUUUUUAACCAAAUGCAGUUUGCCUAAAGAAAUCCAUAGAUCCGUGAGAAAACUCGAUGUGUUAGCCCAUUGGAAAGGCUCAGAAUACCGCACAUUUUUCUACUAUUUGGGUAUUGUAAUACUUAAAGAUACAUUACCAAGUCAGGCAUAUUAUCAUUUUUUACUGCUGUUUUGCGCUGUUACGAUUUGCUCAAAUGAGAAAUAUUUUAAAUUUCUUUCGAUUGCUGAAAAAAUGCUGCAGAUUUUUAUUGAUAUUUACAAAAAUAUAUAUGGAAAAGACUACAUUUCUAGCAAUAUACACAAUUUGUCACAUCUUGUUGAUGAAGUGAAAAAAUUUGGAGUACUGCAAUCUUUUAACGCUUAUCCGUUUGAAAAUAAGCUGUACGGUAUUAAAAAAAUGAUUCGACAAGGAAAUAAGCCUCUUCAGCAAGCUGCUCGACGAUUGAGUGAAAGAUCUGAUAUAGAAUUUGAAAAUAUUGGUGUAAAUGAAAACAGGAAACCAUUUAUUAAAAAGAAUAAAACUAAAAGGAGAUCAACUGUUAAACAACUUUGUUUCGAUUCGUUUUCUCUGUCUGCGCAAGAUCAAAACAAAUGGUUUUUAAGCAACAAUGACGAAAUUAUUAAAUUACAGAGUUUAACCACUGAUGAUGAUUCCAAAGAUAUUUUAAUACAUGGAUAUCGUAUUGACAACGUUUUUGACGUCUUUGAAGAACCCCUGAAGUCCUCUUUUUUGAAUAUUUAUAAAUGCGAUCUCAACAAUUACAAUAAAACUGAAGUGAUUUGUGAUGUUACUAAAAUUAAAUGUAAACUAGUUAAAAUUGAAUACAAUUCAGAAUUAUUUUUUAUACCUUUGCUACACACAUUGUGAGAUUAAAAAUAUAACACAUCAUUUUUACUUUUUUAUUUCGAAUCAUCAUUAACUGAGAACUUUAUUUAGCCAUAAAAAUAAGAUUUAGUACCUAUAGUAAAAUUAAAUCUACUUUAGAUAGAUAAGUAACAAGCAACUUUCGAGCGCAAGUAUGCUUAUACUUCACUAGAUGCAUUGAUUAUAUGAUUAUUUAUUAAAUAGCCGUUAUUUUUAAUAUUGAGAGACCUACUAUAAAAGGGGAAGGGUUUAAUGGAAAAGGUGCGUGAUGUUAUGUAUGUAUUUAUUAUUAUAGAGUCUUCACUUAAAUUAGCUAGAUAACAAAUGUCUUGAAAAUAAAGUCUAAUCAGUUUACAAAAACAGUCUUUAAUCUUUAGUAAAUACUCUGAGAUGGUUAUUUAAAUACUUAUUAAAUAAUAAAAAUAAGUUCCACAUGAACCAUGGUACUUGUUUAGUAGUACUACUUAAAUUACUUAAAAUGUAGUCUUCAGUUUGUGAGGUAAUCGGUUGUUAUCACAAAACUAUUAUUUCACGUACUUAUUUAUACUUAUAAUAAAUCAAAUUCACUUCUGAAAGAUGAAUGGUAAAAUUUAUACUCCCUUAUACAAGAAGUUUUUGUGUGAGUGUCAGGCUGUAAUACUGAUAAACAUUUUAAAUCGUCAUUUUGAUCAUCAAACUGAACACCUUUUACAAAAAAAUUUGACCUUCUAUACCAACUCGACAAUCAGUAUAGGAAGUCAAAGUUUUGUGCUUUCAGGGGCCAUAUUUUUGAACCAUUCGAAAACAAUUCGCAUACGAAAGUGUCAAUUUGCAUGUGAAGCCCCAUACAUUUUUGGGAUCUGCACAUGCGCGAAGUCAGUUUUCGUAUGCGAUUUGAUUUCGAACGGUUCAAAAAUAUGGCCCCAGUUUGAUGCGUACAAAAAUUUUGUUAACCUGUCACUUACAACCUGUGCAUAGUUUAUACCAAUUAAGUAACUUCUUAUAAACCUAUAAUAAUUACUAUUAACUACUAACAAUGCACAAUCAACAACAACAGUUUACGCGUUUGGAAGCUAAUAUUUUACCAUACUACUCGUAAAAAUCUUAUUCUACUUGAUAAACUAGAUAAGUAAGUAAAUUAAAAUAUAUUGAGCCAUGUACACAAUAAUUAAGUCUUACUC